UCUUACAGAUUUUUGUUUUUAGAAUCUCGAUCGUAAAAAUCAAUCGAAAGCUUCUUGUGAAAUUUCUGUAUCCGGUUAUGGAGAUGGAGCGCGUUACCGAGUUUCCUUUGGGUCCUGUGGAUCUCCGGCCAAGAAAACGGCAGCGACUUGGUUGGGAUGUUGGUCCUCAGGUUACUAAGGCUCAGCUAGGAUUGUUUUGUGGACAAGAUGUUGGAAAUGUUGCCAGCUUUGCACCUGCAUGGGCGCCCUCGGACUCUAUUAGUUCAACCCUUGUUAAGCAUGGUGGUCGAAAUGGUUCUCCGCCAUGGCGCAAAGAUGAUAAAGAUGGGCAUUAUGUGUUUGCAGUUGGAGAUAAUUUAACUUCUCGCUAUAAGAUUCAUGGGAAAAUGGGAGAAGGUACAUUUGGCCAAGUGUUAGAAUGCUGGGACAAGGAAAGGGAGGAAAUGGUUGCUGUUAAAAUUGUCCGAGGGAUAAAGAAAUACCGUGAGGCAGCUAUGAUAGAAAUUGAUGUGCUUCAACAGCUUGGUAAACAUGAUAAAGGUGGCAAUCGUUGUGUGCAAAUAAGGAACUGGUUUGACUAUCGUAACCAUAUCUGUAUCGUUUUUGAGAAGCUUGGACCAAGCUUAUAUGAUUUUCUACGCAAAAACAAUUAUCGCUCAUUUCCCAUUGAUCUAGUUCGCGAAAUUGGCCGACAACUCUUGGAAUGUAUAGCAUUUAUGCAUGAUCUGCGCUUAAUACACACCGACUUGAAGCCUGAGAAUAUCCUUCUAGUGUCUCCCGAAUACGUCAAGGUUCUUGAUUACAAGGGUUCAUCAAGGUCUCCGAAAGAUAGUUCUUACUCCAAAAGAGUUCCGAAGUCUAGUGCUAUCAAGGUGAUCGAUUUUGGUAGCACGACAUAUGACCGUCAUGGACAGAGCUAUGUAGUGUCUACACGUCAUUAUCGUGCCCCGGAAGUUAUCUUAGGGCUUGGAUGGAGUUAUCCAUGUGAUAUAUGGAGUGUAGGUUGCAUCCUGGUUGAGCUUUGCUCGGGUGAGGCGUUGUUCCAAACACACGAGAAUUUGGAACAUCUUGCAAUGAUGGAAAUGGUCCUCGGUGCAUUGCCUCAACACAUGUUGAAGAAAGCAGACCGACAUGCAGAUAAGUAUAUAAGAAAGGGUAGGCUGGACUGGCCGGAGGGUGCCACCUCCAGAGGAAGCGUUGAAGCCGUUUUGAAACUACCUCGUCUUCAGGUUCCCAAUGCAGAACUUGAUCAUGCAACAUGUAGACCAUUCAGCGGGCGAUCUCAUUCAUUUGUUACAAGGGCUUCUUAGGUACGAUCCUUUGGACAGACUAACAGCACGUGAGAGUCUAAGACAUCCGUUCUUCACCCGAGAUAAUCUUAGACGGUAUUAAGCAGUUGGGCCCAAAACGUUCAUGUUAGCCGCAGUUCUCUUGCAAGUUGCACAUUUCUCGUGGGCAAGUAGCAAGUAUAUGCAUUGACGUCCAGGUCAACUUCUCGAAUGCACAUAGUAAACCCCUUAUGAAGGAGAUGGUUCCGUGACCGAUGGGUAUUAAUUCCGACACGAUCCGAGCUGCUGAGAUGGUUCAGACUCUAUUGUCGGCACCAAGCACACGACAACAAACCGGUAAAAUUCCCGUUGCGAUCCUCGUGGUGUCGGGACCAGUAAAUAGCAAUUGUAAUUUAAUUUUUAAUUUGCUUGAUAUGCAACAAUACAUGUGUUUUGGAAGGAUAACAUUGGUCGGUCUCCAUUCAAGAAGUUGUGAAUCUAAUUGGUUUGUUCGUUA